UCUGCAUGAUAUUUGAGCAAACAGAAGCUAGCUAGGGUUUCUACAGAGGCCCUCUAAGCUUAUAAAGAAAACCAGAUCACGAAGAGCUUCAACGACUUUAAUUCAAGAGAUGGCUUUGUUUGCCGUUCACCACCCUCUAGUGUUUACGUUUGGCGUCUUGGGCAACCUUGUUUCUAUUUUGGUCUACUUCGCUCCCUUGCCGACGUUUGUCGACAUCUACAGGAAAAAAUCAACUUUGGGGUACCAAUCCCUCCCCUACGUGGUGGCUCUCUUCAGCGCCAUGCUCUGGAUGUACUAUGCCUUCCUCAAGCCAGAUUCAUCCCUUCUCAUCUCCAUCAACUCCUUCGGCUGCGUCAUAGAAACAAUCUACAUCGGCCUCUUCCUCGCCUACGCUUCGAAAGAUGCCAGGAACCACACGGUCAAGCUGAUUGCUGCUCUGAACAUGGGGUUCUUCUCUUUGAUCCUUCUUCUCACUCUCUUUCUAGUCCAAGGCGGCACCCGAACGCAGGUUGUAGGAUGGAUUUGUGUUGGCAUCUCAGUCGCUGUUUUUGCAGCUCCUCUAAGCAUUGUGCUCCAGGUUGUCCGAACUCGGAGCGUCGAGUACAUGCCGUUUUCCCUCUCUUUCUUCCUCACACUCAGUGCGACCAUGUGGUUCACCUAUGGACUACUCCAGAGGGACAAGUGCAUUGCUAUCCCAAACGUUUUCGGGUUCUUCUUGGGGCUGCUCCAGAUGAUGCUGUACGGAAAGUACAGAAACACGAAGAAGCUGGCGGAGGAGAAGAAGCUGCCGGAGCAAAUCAUUAACAUAGUGAUCUUAGGAGCCUCCGAAGUCCAUCCCGAGGUGCCAGCCCCUGAAACCGACAACGAAAAGGCUACUGCUCAGACGAUGAGUGCUGACGAAGACGAAAAGGAAGAAAAAGAACAAACCGACAUCCACGACAAAAGCGCCGCCGCUCCGACUCCAAUCGCCGAACCAAGCCACGCCAUUGUGCAGCUGGAACAACCCGUGCUUGUCAUGUGCGCAGCUUGAAGGUUCAAGGUAAAUUUGAUGUAUGCAAUGUAACCGAAACAAAUCAGCUAUAUACUACUAUAGGUUUCGCCUAUGCGAGUUCAAGAAAUCAAUGUGGUUGUAAGCAUCAAAUUAAUGUGUUUCUUAAUUUGUUGUUUCUUUUUGGGUCUUCAAUUGGCAGUGUUUGAAGAAGACGAAAGAAGAGAGUUGAUCAAAUCAGAAUUAAUUCCUAUUUUGUUGUACCCAAGAAUAAUAAAAUGGAUCCCAUUUUGGUUGGGCCAGGAGAUGAGAAUUCGUUGAUGUGACUGUACAUAAUUUGUUUUUGCCUACGAAUUAUGAUGAAGAUGGGAAGCG